AUGAAUGGAAUGGAAUGGAAAAAGAACGAUGACGGUGAACUGAUUCAGUUCGCUCGCGAACGUCACUAAUCUGAAAAAAUAACAAACGCGAAUUGCAACACAAGUUUUAAUUUAAUUAAAAAAAUUGUUUUAAGCUAAAUUUUAGUGAGCAGAAUGUUGCAAAUUAUAUAGUUAACACGUAAAUACCCAGCCAGUGUCAGUGCCAGACUAUGGAGGUGUUUCAAACCGAUACGCAUUACAUUUUUGUAAAACGAGACAAAAGUCUCUGGUGGAAUCGCAAGACAUCGGAGUUUGCAAUAAAACCAGGAUGGGAUCUCAGCUCGGUGGAGGACAUAGAAUGUAUUGGUAUAACGCAUGGCAUUUUGGGCGUUAUAUCGCUGCCCAAUGUGUAUGAGCCGCAUCUGGUGAUUGUCAAAGAAGCCACAGCGAUCGGUGUGCUAUAUCCGCCACAUUUGGUUUACAAAGUGAAAUCCAUUUGCAUACUGAGCGCUGAGGAUCCAGACUCGGAGCUGCCCAACUGCACCAAGCAUACCAAAAGCAAUCAUUCCACGCCCACGCAUAGCAGCAGCAGCAAUGCCAACAAUAACAACAAUGGCACUGGCAAGAGCACCAAACUCAUUGAGGGCAUUGGCAAAACAUUUGGAGUUAUGAAAAGCGCUGGCAACAGCAUCAAAGCCACCACACAACAGGCAGUGAAUAUGGCCACAAAGCAGGUGAAGAACACUGUGGGCAAACGUGAGCCGCGGCAAAUUGAGGGACGCAUAACUGAGGAGCUGCAUAAGAUAUUCGAUGAUACGGAUAGUUUCUACUUUAGUUUCGACUGCGAUAUAACCAACAAUCUGCAGCGUCACGAGAUUAAAGCAACAGAUCCACAGCCGCAGCCAGAUGAGCGCUUCUUUUGGAAUAAGCAUAUGAUAAGAGAUAUACUUGAGCUCAAUGAUAAAACUUGGAUACUGCCCAUAAUACAAGGAUUUGUGCAAGUGGAGGCGUGUGUUAUAGGCAAUGAUUGCUUUACCUUGUCGCUGGUAUCGCGACGUUCACGUCAUCGUGCGGGCACGCGUUACAAGCGCCGUGGUGUGGAUGAGAAAGGCAACUGCGCUAAUUAUGUGGAAACAGAACAGAUUUUGUCCUUUCGCCAUCACCAGCUGUCGUUUACGCAAGUGCGUGGCUCUGUGCCAAUUUACUGGAGUCAGCCUGGCUAUAAGUAUCGACCACCAGCGCGUUUGGAUCGCGGUGUAGAGGAAACUCAGCAAGCGUUUGAGCUGCACUUUGCCAAGGAGUUGUCCAUUUAUGAGCGUGUGUGCAUUGUUAAUUUGGUAGAGCAGAGCGGCAAAGAGAAGCUCAUAGGCGAUACGUAUGCAGAGCAUGUUAUAAAGCUAAACAAUGAGCAUAUGAUAUAUGUAACAUUUGAUUUUCACGACUAUUGUCGCGGCAUGCGCUUUGAGAAUGUUUCAACUUUAAUCGAAGCCAUUGCACCUGAGGCUGGUGCCAUGGGCUUUCAUUGGCGUGAUCAGCGUGGCAUGAUUUGCAAUCAAAAGUCUGUUUUUCGUGUCAAUUGCAUGGAUUGCCUGGAUCGCACAAAUGUAGUGCAAACAGCCAUAGGCAAGGCGGUGCUGGAGUCGCAGCUGGUCAAAUUAGGACUUUCGCCGCCAUAUACGCCCAUGCCGGAGCAGCUGAAGUCACCGUUCAUGGUGCUGUGGGCGAACAAUGGCGAUAUUAUAAGCAGACAAUAUGCAGGCACCAAUGCCUUGAAGGGCGAUUAUACACGCACAGGCGAACGCAAGAUUAGCGGCAUGAUGAAGGACGGCAUGAACUCGGCCAAUCGCUUUCUCAUACAAAACUUUGCCGACUCGUUCCGUCAGUGCAUUAUCGAUCUGAUGCUGGGUGAGCUGCAUCAUGCCUCCGAACUGCAAGAGGAUGACGUUCUAGACACCAUACUCCAUAUACUUACACCCGAGACACGUCCACCAAUGCGUGGCUAUUACAAUGCUGGCGUUCUGGGACCCGAGCUAAAACUUAUUGAAUCCAUUGUGUUCAGCAGCUACUAUCUGGCACGUUUUAAGGAUUCAUAUCGGCAGGCUACCAUUGAUCUUAUGUUGGGCAAUCAAGUUUCUUCAGAAUCAUUAAGCGCUUUGGGCGGCGCAGCAACAGCGGAUGAGAAUGAUGGCGAAAGUGCGGAGCAUGCUAAAAUGUUGGUAGAGGAUUGUCGUCGUUUGCUCUUGAGCUCGGAGCAAUAUCCUGUGGGUGCUUGGGGACUAAUCGAUGCGGAUCCAAGCUCUGGCGAUGCUAGUGAAACCGAAGUGGACUCUAUACUUUUGCUUACGGACGAUUGUUAUAUUGUGGCCGAGUAUGAUUCGCAUUUGGACAAGAUUGUGCGCUUUGAGAAUGUGCAGCUGUCGCAGCUGCGUCUCAUCGAGCUGGGCAUGCAGCAGCAAACGCAAAUAUUCAAAGGCUCGGCUCCAGGACAUUUGUGCUUGCGUCUCAACUACUGCGUCGAUGGCCAAGAUGGUUACUUUCACAUGUUUCGUUCGGCCAAUUUGCGUUUCUUUAAUAAUGCCGCCUAUGUUAUAAAAUCAGCUGAGGAGCUAACUGAAUCGCUUACAUCGAUUGUGGAAAUGUUUCGCAUUGCUUUAGAAAAUGCUGGCAAUACGAAUGUGCGUUUUAUUACUGGCGGCAUGUUGCAGCGUCGCAAGAGCAAGCAGCCGUUGUUGGAUGUGCCCAAGGGCAUGCCGCGCAAUCUCUCGGAAACUCAACUGGUGCAGUUUAGCUCCAAAGCGCUUUCAAACGUAGCUGGUCAGUUCUCGAAGCUGGGUCAGACAUUUAAGAAGCCAACAGCGCAAGGCGUUGCAACAGCUGCGCUUAAUCCACAAGUCAUGCGACAGUCUGAGGAUGCUGGAUGCUUAGAUCUGGCGCAGGAGGCAGAGAAGGCCGUGUUCUCUGUGGGCGGCAGACAACGCGCUGGCAGCGACAGCAGCACAGAUACUGAAGAGCAUGACAAUAGUCUCUACGAACCGGAAGUGGAUUCGGAUGUGGAAAUUGCGAUUGAUCGUACUAACUACAAGGAGAACACGUUUCUGCCCUCCGUUGGCAUUGUUAUGAGCAAUCAGCUGGAGCAGCCCAAUGGCGCGCAGCAGCUGCAGCAGCUAGAGCAAAAGGAUAGCAUGUGCAAAACGGCAGAGGAUGUGUUCACUAUUUCGAUUACAACAGUUACGGAUAAUGUUGGCCUGCCCACGGGUCUGCUAGAGAACGCGCCGCCCGUGCGUCCCAUUACACCAAAUCCACAAAUAUGCGUGCAAGCCCAAGACGAGGCUGAGGAGGCUCAGGAACUUGUAAAGCCUGCAACCAGCUGUGAUGCACCAGAUUUCAAGCAGCCGGCAAACUUUGAUGCUCACAAAUUGAAGCAAUUAACCAGUCCGCUUUCCAAGCUGGCCAAGGGCAUGCAGAACAUUGGCUUAAACUUGGAUCCACGCAAAAUUGUUACCAAGAGCGGCGUGCUAGCACCCAACACUGGCUCAGCGGACAAUACACCGCCGGAACGUUGCCCAGGCUCAAGAGAUAUGUUGCUGGACAUGUGGAGUGCGGAGCAAUGCAAAACCAAACUUAUUGCGCUGUAAAUUGCAGCUUAACGUAGUGAUAACUAUUAAAUUAUAAUUAUUUAAACGCAGCAAAGUUACUCUAGGUGUUCUCCACAAGGCACUUCCAAUAUUUAGGCAUAACACUUAUACAAUAUAUACACGUUUGUUCUUGAACUGUACCACAAUAUUUGCAAUGUUUUGUGAUUGUUAAUAAUGUUUAAUUGUAGUGCGUUUUUUGCUCUGAAUGUAUGUAAAGUAGUAAAAGCAAUAUAAUAAUGUAAUGGCGCUAACAAUAUAUUUAUGCAUAUGCUUAUGAACAGUUAUACGUAUUUAUACACAAACAGCAACAAACAAAAGACUUGACAUAUUUACAUAAAUAAUCUUAACAAGAAAACACUGCGAAUUGCGUAAAAAAUUCCAUUUAAUUGAACGAAAAGUUUUGAAAGUUUAUGUAGCAUAUAAAAAUCAAUGAAAUAUUGCGCAGUCAACGAAUAUACAAUUGAUCAAUUAUGUAGCUGUAGUAUAUAUAGAAUUAUAUUAUAUGUGCCACCGAUUAACUGCAAAUUAUUAUAUAUGUAUGU